GGCCGACAAAGAUAAGCGUCUUCGGCAUCGAUAAGAAUCGGAGCGUUGCCGUCACUGAAAGAAAUCAACACUGACCAACGCCCAAAUGGACGAUUGAUUGGCAUGGCAAUCCCGAAUGAUGGCAUCCUUUCUAUUUUAUGUUUAUCAGUAAGGAAGAAGUGGUUUUUCUAGAGUUUUCGAGCGUUCCUCUUUUCCCAUUGGUUACGAAUACCCACAACGAUUAGAACGGAUUUCUUCACAAAAAAAAAAACUCUUUUGAUUUCAUGAUGUGCCGUGGUCUAGUGGUUUUAUAUAUUUAUUUGCAUAGAUACGAAAAGGAAGAAAAAAAAUUACUGUUUCGUGGAAUUUAGCCCAACAACACAUUAUCUGAAAUACGACGGGGAUAGCUGGCGGUUUUCGAUUUGUUAUGUCAUUGACCUUAAGGAUCGAGAGUUUUAAAUUGUGCAGUCUGACUAUGUCGUCCAUCAACGUUCGUGGGUGGAAAUUUCGUUUCGUGCGUGGUCGUUCAUAGAGUUCAUCAGAACAGCAAACAUAAUGAAGACAGUCCAACAUCCGCCAAUUGAACGGGCGCUACCUGUACAGACAGAAAAUUCUAUUUUGUUAAAUUUUCCUUUUGAAAUCUACAGCUACGAAAUGGAGAAUAACGGUGCUGAGCAAUACCACCUGUUGACCUAGCUGGAUUUGUAAAAGUGAAGAUACCCGACCUACCAUUUGGAUACCUGACCUGCCUUUACUCAUGGCACACUAACCUGAAUAGAGUAACCUAUAUGUUUUUGAAUCAAGGGAAAAUGUAUUUAAUCUCGAUUUCAUUCAAAUAAUUGAAUUCCAUUGCUGCUGUAAGUAUUUUCUUUAUGUGAAGAUCCGGAAGUGAAGACGACCCAACCAGUUGAUGGAAAAUGGGGUCAACUCAGUUUUUUCUACUGCCCUUUCACAUUUCACCUUAUAGUUUCCAUUGGAAAGGGAAAGGUCCGGUUGAGCUGAAAGUAUAAAUACGGAGUCGUAUGGUGCUGUGAGGAAGACAACACUUUCAGCUUCACAACAAUCAACAUGUCGCACACGAAACAGAGGGCCUUACUAUUUUCGAUGCUUUUGUCAGCGGUCGUUGCCCAGUACGGUUCGGCUCCACUGCCUCCUCAACUACAUCCAGUUCAUCUACCACCACCUCCAUUGUUUGGCGGACAAACUCCCAAGAAACAACAACACAAACCAUUCGCACCUUCUGUCCCGAUUUUCAAACCGAGCGCUGGAUUAGGACCGUUGCCUGUACCAUCGGGAUUAGGUCCACUACCUUUACCUGCUGGGCAAAUGUCAGGCCCUUCCUACUCGUACGGAAGUCAGUCCAAUGGAUUGCCUUCCUCCUUCCAGCAAUUACCUCAACCAUCGUUCCAAUCCCAACGUCCUUGGCAACCAGCACCUUCAUUUAGUUCGAUCCCAGCCCCGCAGAUGAGUUUCGCCCCAUUUGUUAUGCAACAAGGUGUGCCACAAUCCUACGCAGUUCCUUCCAUUUACUUACAGCAACCUACGGCUUCUUUCGGAUCUGUACCAUCCAAAUUCCUUUCUCCGCCUCCACCGCCUUCGUUUCCAGCUCCCGUUCAAUUUGGAGUUCCUACUGGUAAUCCUGUUAUGCAACCAUCGUUUCCUGUUGCCCAACCCAACCAGUACACCCAAUCUAUGCCGACCUAUGGAAAUGGACCUUCUAUGAUGCAAAUGCAGCAGAACCCUGAGUCUUUCUCGUUCGGCAAUAUCCCUCAAAGGGAGCUGACUUCAAAUGGUCAAUCUGCUCAGUCCUACGGUCCGUCUCAGUUUGGUCCGUCUGCCCCUUCAUCUUAUGGAUCUGUGGAAACACCCCAACAGUUCCAGGUGUCUUCUAUGUCAUCCCAAUCAUUCGGUCCCGUUUCGUCCCCUCAGUCUUUUGCUAUUCCAGCACCUCAACAAUCAUUCAGCCCGUCUGAGUCUUCCCAGUCAUACAGCCCGGCUCAAUCUUACCAGACCUCUCAAUCUUCCACCUCUGUAGAGCCUCAGUUUGCUCCCAUUGAAUCACAGCAAACGUUUGGUCCAUCUUCAUCCUCCCAAUCUUUUGCCGUUGCGUCAUCUGCUCAAUCCUACGCCCCUUCAAAUGGAGGACUGUCACAAGUAGAAGGUCCAUCCAUUCAUGACAUGCAAGUGCCAAUCUUCGGUAUUCCACCUCCGUCUCAACAGCAAGGUUCUUCAGAGUACCAGCAAAGCCAAUCACAAGUCAGUUCCAAUCCUGUUAGACAGGAAUCUUAUCCCGAACAUCUCCUGCCCAUGUUAUACCAAUCUGCUGCCGCGUUAGCAUCUGCCCAGCAUCAGCCUGGUUUCGAGCCUGCUGGUCCAAGCUCGGGAUCACCGUAUGAUGGGACAAUGUUUACCAGGCACGUCAGACUGAGCGAUACGUUUCCAUCAGCAUAAUGUCUUUAAUCUUGUCACUUUGUUUGUGUGAUUUUCGUUUUCUUAACAUUGUUUUCAGGGUGUCAUGACAUUCGUUUAUUUUCCUUCCAUUUGGUUUGACGUUUCUUGAUCCUCUCAGUUCAAUGCUAUUGUGAGGAUCCCUCUCAAUACAGCGCCAUGUUUUUACUUUUA